UAUACAUUUAUCAUAGAUCAAUAUGUCAUCCUCUCAUUCUCCCAAGAAGCUUGUACUCAAAGGAACUUUAAAAGAGAUAGGAUUUGAACAUGGCAAUCUUCUAUCUGCUGAGAUUAAAGAUCAAAUGAAGAUUUAUGAUGCGAUGUUUCAGUCUACUUCCUCAUUAACAUGGCCCGAAGUCCAUGAGAUCGCCAAGGAAUUUCAAACUACAAUUCAAAAGCUAACGCCAGAUAUCUAUGAUGAAAUGGUGGGUAUUGCCGAGGGUGCAGGUGUUGAUAUCUUGGAUAUUGUAGCACUUAAUUGUAGGAGUGAGAUUGCUUUGGGUAGAUUUACCGAUGGUUGUACGAGUUUAGGUUGGAAGAUGCAGGGGAAGGAUGUAGAAGGGAAGAUGGUGUUGGCACAAAACUGGGACUGGACUGAGAAUGUUCAAAAGAACUUAGCGAUGGUGGAAAUAGAAAGAAAGGGAAAAGAAAAGAUUUGGAUGGUGACUGAGGCAGGAAUAGUAGGCAAAAUUGGCUUCAACUCCGCUGGUGUUGGCGUAUGUCUUAACGCCAUUAGAGCUCUUCCAACACAUACUUAUAAGCUCCCAAUUCACGUUGCACUCCGCAUUUGCUUAGAAAGUGAUAGCGUGGAAAAUGCUCUAGCAUCAAUCGAGGAAUUAGGUGGUGUGGCUUCGAGUCAACACAUCCUUAUAGCAGAUCCCAACAGAACGUUGAGUAUGGAGCUUUCACCUGUGGGAAAUUGUUUCUUGGAGCCAUGUGAUGAUGGAUUUGUCGCACAUACAAAUCAUUUCAUCAAGAAUGAAUUGGUUAGCGAGCCAUUUUGGCUCAAGGGAAGUCCGGUGAGACUUGAGAGGGCCAAUUUUCUGGUCAGUGAGUUAACCAAGGAUAUGAGGAAUAGCCUGCAGAUUGAUGAUAGAAUCGAAAAUAUUUUGAGGGAAAGAUUGUUCUCGGAUACUUUCAAUGCACCGCAAGCGAUUUGUUGCCAGGAAGAUCCAGAGCGCCCAAAGGAGACAAGGAAUAGUACGCUGUUCAAUAUUGUAAUGAAACUGGAAGCUGGUAACUCGACUGCUGAAGUUUUAUUCGGAAAGCCUGGGAUGACCGAUGGAGAGGUGCUGAAGAUGCCAUGGAUUUGAAAAGGUCUAACCCUGAUCUUGAGUUGAUGUUUCUCAGCAAGCUAAGGAAGCUAGCGCAGGGUUCUCACCAGUCGGGUUUCCAAUGUCUGAAAGAAGUAUGACAUCCAAAGCAAAUUCAGAAUCUCAAAGCUAUUAAAUGUACCAAUUGUCUUGGAGAGUCUCUAAUUGUUUGAACAUAGUCAAGAGUGACAGAUGGCCACCCCAUUUCAAAGCAGCAUAAAACCCAAAAACAAUUCAACGUUUUAAAGUCAUUGAAUAUUCGACUCGCAUUCUUAAACUGAAAACUUCCAAUUGCCUGACUACAGU